AUGGGACUGCACUACUCAGUGUGGGGCUCUGCCGUGGGUAUGAAAUCAGCCUUUGUCACUCUGGCUAUCCUCGAUCCCCCGUCUUCCACUCAGACGCAACUGGUUCUCAACCUAGCGGAGAUGUGGAUGUGCCUAGUAUUUCAAACACUGACUUCCCUUCAUCUAGGCUCCUGGUUGCCGAAAAACCAAAAAGCUAUGUGGUCGGGUAAUAAUCUCAAAGUUGCAUUGCCAUUAUGGCAAGGCUUCACAGAUACUCAAGAGAACAAAACUAUCGCUGACGCAAUUGGCGGUAGAUCAACCUUUCAGCAAUACCUUGCAUCUGAGGAUUUAGUUAUUCGGGCAUGGGCAGAACAAACCAGGGAUGCGUUCAACGACAUACGAAACUCGCCUGACCCGAGGAUCAGAAGUUACUGGUGGGAUCUUCACAAAGAUCGUAUCCUUAAGGCGCAGGACACCUGGGGUAAAAAGAAAGCCAGCAUGGCUCAAGAGCGCCUCGAGGGGGCCAAAGCCCUUGUUGCAUUGCAUUCCGGAAACCAUGGAAACCAUCAAACUGAGGUCAUAGCUGGUAGUUUCAGGUUCGCUGUUUCACAAACGCUUGGACUUGAUCUCCGUAACGGCAACGAAAUCCUGCUAGCCGCUUGGGGAUUUCUAUCCGCGGUCAAGAUAGCCAUGGAGAUUUUCAUUGCUGGCUAA